CUACAAAAUGGCGCGGAUUCAUCUUUGGUUAAUGGUUUAUCAUGAGAAGAAAUAGUAUUUUAUAGCUGAGAUGUCUGAAACAUUGAAAACUGAUGAUAGUCUUACGGACAAAGAUGAAGUGGAUUCUGUACUUGCUACAAAGUUGGCAGGUAGUGGUGAAGGAGCUGCUCUUCACGAAACAGAAGAAGAAAUGGAUACAACUCCAGGAACUGAUAGCAAAACCGCAUCAUUUACGACUGAUAAUUCUGUUGAAGAAAGUACCGAAGGUGGAACUGCUGAGGAAUCGGAGGGAGAGAUGAGACAAACAAAUAUAGAAUUUAUCACAGAAAGGCUGAGCUCUAUGAUAGCUGAUAAAAUCAAUACAAAUCAAAUCAAAACUAAGAAGAAGAAAGAUAAAACAAAUGCUAGAAGUAAUGAUAAUGAUGGUGAUAAGGUUCAAGACAGUGAUGAAGAGACUGAUGAUAGUGAUGCUUCAGAUGUUUUGUGUAUAAAUCAAUCUGAUGAUGAAGGAGACCUAGAGAAUAAAUUAGAAGAGAAAGCCUCUAGAAAUAACCUUACAGCAUCUAACGUCAAAAGUAUUUUACACCAAGUAAUAACAAAUAAAGAUGUUGUAGAAAUGGUGAAGAAUACCCUGACUAUCUUCGAAGAGGCACAAUCACAAGAUGCAGGGCGAACGGGAAAUGUUUACGAACCAAAAAUGACCAGAUCUAAAAUGAAAGAAGUCAUUGAACAAGGAAAGAUGCCUCAAGUCUGGCCUUUAACACCAGUAAAGAAUAACACCAGAUCAAAGCCCAGUUUUCUAGAGAUGCAAUUCACAGAUGAUGAAGAUGAAGAAUAUAAUCCUGAAAAAGAUAAAGAAGCUCUGUUACAUGAUAGUGAUGAUGAGAGCAUGUUAUCGUCACAUGCCAGUGAUUUUGGUUCUCCGUGUCCACAAACACCCACCACACCUAGCGUCAAUCCUGUAUCCACACCAUCUUCUGAUUUGUUUUUGAGUCCACAAGUUCCUGUUAAACGAUCUGUGAAAACUGACCUGGGUCAUGCCUUCAAUCAAGCUUCCAUGACUGUGAAUGAAGAAAAUUUAGGAAAAUUUGAGACAGAUGAUACGAUAGCUCGUCGUACUAGAAGUAAAUUACCACUAACUACAACAUCUUUAUCGGAACUAGAAUCAACAUUCGUCGCUCCUGAUAUAACAGAAGAUAUGUAUGAUACACUGUGUGAUGAUAGCGAAUGGCAGGAAUUCCUUAGUUCUCUUAUUACAACAGAUGAAGUAACAGCUGAUCCCCAGGAAAUAAAUGAUGAUGAGAAUAAUGAUCCGGAGUACGAUUAUCUUGGUGAAGCCGAACAUGAAGAAAAAGAUGAAGAAGAUUAUCGUUUUGGUCGACCAUACAGAAUACCUAAGACAGAGAUGUUAGAUUUGUUAAAUCAACUGACAGAAUUUAUGGCGUCUGAUCAGGAAGAAGAAGAAGAAGAAAAUAAAACAGAUACAGGUGGAGAUAGUACUGAAACAGAGGAACGACAUCAGAGAAGAAAACCUCUUAUAAUGACUGAUGAAUUUUCAACGAGCCAGCGUCUUAUCUUAGAAGAUCAGAUGAGACAGCAUGUACAGCUUUCAACUCAGUUAUAUUUUUUAUGUCUGGGAAGUGAAGAUUUUAGUUCUAUGACUGAAGAAUGUUAUAGACAUUUGCAUGAAUUGGAUAUGUUUCGACAGACAUCACUAGCUGGCAGCCAUUCUGUGUUUAAUGCUUGUAAUUUAAACUGUGCUCUCCAGUUGGUAACGGAGGAAAGACAGUGGAAUUUACCUGAAGAAUUGAAAGACAUUGAAUCUCAGAGUUUUGACGAUUCUUUCAGCAAUGGCACUGAUUCUGAACAUGAAGGAUUCAGUGUGGAUAAUAAUGUUAAGAGACAAAAGGCUAAAAACACAGAAGUCCGGCAUUCGUCUUAUACAACGUUUUGACUUCUAUACUGGUGGAGGUAAAAAAAAAAGACAUCCC